GCGCUGUGGCGUCGAGGUUUGUAGAGCACAUCUUCGAAACUGUCCCUGCUUUCGCCUUACAUGAAAAAAACCAUCCUCAGAAGAUCUGGCCCUGUCUUCUCCGUCUGCUCCAGGAUGGCUUCAUCAGUCGGAGAUAAUCAGCUACAGAGGAUCAUAAGAGAUCUGCAUGACGCUGUGCUGGAGCUGAGCAAAGAACACAGCGAGUCUGGCGAGCCCAUCACUGACGACUGCCCCAGCCUUCACAAGUUCUUCUAUAAACUGGAAUACCUGCUCCAGUUCGACCAGAAGGAGAAGACGACUUUCCUCGGCCAGAGGAAAGACUACUGGGAUUACUUCUGUGACUGCCUGAUUAAGAUCAAAGGAGCUAAUGAUGGCAUCCGUUUCGUAAAGUCCAUUCCUGAGUUGAAGACUUCUCUGGGGAAGGGACGAGCCUUCAUCCGAUACUCGCUGGUUCAUCAGCGUCUGGCCGACACGCUGCAGCAGUGUCUCAUCAAUGAGAAGGUCACAAGGGACUGGUACUACGUGCGAAGUCCCCUCCUGAAGUUGCACCUCACCGCCGACAUCAUCAACAAUCUUUACGAGCUCAACCAGAUCCAAUUUGACGUCGCUGCCAGAGGUUACGAUCUGGACGCUGACUGGCCGUCUUUUGCGAGACGAACUUUAGGAGCUGGCUCUUCUGCUUCUCUGUGGAAACCUCCGAGCCGCUGCUCCAGCAUCAACAGUCUGGUCAGCAAUUAUUCGCACACGCAGCCCCAGGAGUGUGUCCCAGUCUCAGACUUCUGUCCCAGUCUGCUGGGCGAGUUGGGCGAACUGUCAGAGCCGUCCUCCUGCAGCAUCGCAGAGAACCUCCGCAUCGAGCUCGACCAAUCAGAACUCAGGCAGCAGCAGCUCCUGACCCAGGUGGAUGAGUUAGGAAGAGAGGCGUCAGAGCUCAGAGAUGUGGUGAAAGAUCUCCAGGAGAAACUGCUGGCCGCCCAGAAGACGACCUCCAGCGGCGGCGGAGAAACGCACAGCCACGAGCUGAGAGACCGACUCUCUGCUGCUGAGAGCAGAAACAUGGAGCUUCUGUCCAAGUUGGACGAAGCGCUGAACGAGAAAGGUCAGCAAACGGCGAGCUAUUGUGACUCAGCCUGGAAGAUCCAGGAGCUUUUGGAUAAGCUGAAGACAGCAGAGGAGGAGAGGUUGGAGGCCAAGAGAGAGGCAGAUGACAGGACCAGACAAGCUGAGCGUCUGUCGCAGGAGCUGAAGCUCAAGGACGAAGAGCUGUCGAGCUGCUCUGAAGAGCUGGCAUCGGUGAGAGCAGCGGCUCAGGACGAGCGAGACGAGGCCUUCAAGCGCUUAGAGGAGGUCCAGAACGCCGUCGGUCGCAUUCAGGGAGCACUGACUCUAAAGGAGAAGGAGACGGGAAACCUGAGGGCUCAGCUUCAAGGUCUACAAGGGUCACUGGAAUGUCGAGAGAGACAAGCAGAAGAACUGAAGAAGCGACUGCUAGAAGAGCGGGAGGAGAUGGAGCUGGCGUGUGAAAGCCCUAAUGAAGUGCUGGAGAUUCACGUGUCUGAGUUGAGGAAGAGUCUGAAAAACAGAGAGAGGGAACUCUCUGCCAGUUCGGAGAGGAUCAAGCAUUUAGAGGAGCAGUUGGAGAAGCUGAGUGUUGAGAGCGAAAGUUCAACAUCGAAACGCAACGAUAAUGAGACCAACUCCUGCGACCAGGCAGAUGAUCUUCGUGAGACAAAUAUGAAGCUUCUGCUGACAGUGAAGAAAUGUGAGGGGAGUAUUUCAGAGCUCACUGAGAACAAGACAGUGUUGUUAGCUCAGCUGGCUGCCGUGAAGGCUUCAGAAAAGCAUUUGAAGAUGACACUAGAGUCAGCAGACCUCUCUGUUGGAGACCGCGAGAAGAGACUUCUGGAUGAGAACCUGCAGCUGGAGGAGAAGUGUCAGAAGGUACUGGUUCUCAAGGAGGCGUUAGAGGCUCAGUUCAAGGCAACAGAGCAGGAGAACCAGCAGCUUCUGGAGGUUCAGUCGGCCUUGAAGAAACGCUUGGCAGAAACUCAGGAAGAGCUGGACUUAAUUACUGCCAAGUCCUCCAUGUUGGACAAAAACCUGGCUGUGUCCCAGAGAAGCCAAGCCGAGCUGCUGGCCAAGCUCCAGGAAACAGAAGCAAGGCUCGGCGACCAGACAGUCAAGUGUGGUCUUCUGCAAGCUCAAGUGGAGGAGCUGGAGAGCAGGACGGGGGAGUCGCACGACGAGAAGGGAGCCGCAGAGAGCAACGAGAAGAUGCUGAAGCUCCACAGCGAAGAGGAGCCGAUGCGACUGGUGAUCGCCGAAGCUCAGCUGGAACUGAACUUGAGGGAAGUGAACCGGCUCAGAGAUGAGGUGGUGGAGCUGAGGGCCAAGCUCCUGGCUGGUUCUGAAGAGAAGAUGAAAGUUCAGGCUCUUCAGGAGGUGACCGAGUCCUCGCGGGAGGACCUGCGUGUUCUGUCAGAGCAGCUCAAGUCGCAGGUGGAGGAGCUGAACCGGCGGCAUGUUGAUGAGAUCCUGCGUUCCCGGGAGCGAGAGGAAGCUCUCAUUCGGGAGCGAGACGGUGAAGCUCAGGCCCGUGUGGGUCUGGCUGCCGAAGUGACGGCCACCAGAGAAGAGCUGGACAAGCUCAAGCUCCGUUAUGAGUCUUUGUGUUUGGAGAGCAGUGAGUGCAGGGAGGCUCUGCAUCGGGCGAACACAGAAACGGCCGAGCUUGGAGUGCACGUGUGCAUGCUGACCGCCGAGAACGAGGAGGCUCGUCUGCGAUGGGAGGACCUGUCCACCAAGCUUCAGCAGCUGGAGGAUCAUGGACCCCAAGAGGUGGAGGCAAUGAGACGUCAGAUGGAAGAGCUAGAGGAGGAGAAGACACAACUUGAGGAGAUGCUUGUGAGCAGAGCGGAUCAGCUGCAGCUGGAGCUGAACAAGGCCCAGCAGGAGACCGAAGUGCUGCAGAAGAGGAGCAGCGAGGAGACCCGGGAGCUGCGUCUCCAGCUCAGCAGCCAUGAGCGCCACCUCCAGUGUGUGAACAAGGAGUUGGAGAAAGUGCGAUCACAGCUGUCGACUGAGCAGCAGAAAGUGACCGAGCAGGAGAGCAAACUGAAGCAGCUGGAGGCUGAGAUGCAGAGAUAUUGCCAACAGAUUGCGGAGAAAAACACCCAGAUGGCUCAGUCUGAAAGUCUCAUCCAGCAGAAAGAAGAGGAGAUAAUCCAUCUGAGGAGAAAUUCAUCAAGGUCAGAAGAGGCCCUGAAGGCAUCGCAGCGGGCCUGUCGGGAGCUGAGCGAGAAUCUGCAGCGGCUCACACAGGAGAAGCAGAAUCUGGACCUGAAGGCGGCUGCGGAGCUUGAGGACCUUCAUCGCAUUAAGAUCCACCUGGAGGAACGACUUUUGGAACUGAUCAGGGAAAAAGACGCUCUGUGGCAGAAGUCUGACGCUCUGGAGUUCCAGCAGAAGCUGCGCGACGAGGAGAACGAGCGGGAUGUCAACUACUGUCUCGGCUGCCACAGCCAGUUCAGCUGGUGGCUGCGCAAGUACACCUGCAGACUGUGUGGGCGUCCCUUCUGCUACUACUGCUGCAGCAACACAGUCAGCACGCAGCAGGGAGGCAGCAAGGAGCGCUGCUGCACCAACUGCUACAACCAGCACAGCGCGGUGGUGGAGCGCCACCCGCAGGAGGAGGUUCUCUCCAGCACGCCGGGAGCGGGCCUCAGCCAUUUGUUGCACUUCGGAAGAGCAGCUGCAGGUUUUCCAGGGGCUGACGAAGGUGUAAAGCAGGAGGACGGAGUCUUCGACAUCAUCACGGAGGAGGAGGUGAGCGGAGUCUAUGACAGCGACUCCACGCUUUUUACCACUGCGAGUACUCCCGGACAUGGACAGCAGGGGGCAGCACCGCUGAGCAACAGCAACAGUGCAGGAGACUUGACAUCAGACGCAGAGGACACCAACAGUCCGACGCAGGAUGCUGAGAUCCGUCUGCUGAAGUCUGGCGAGCUCACGCUCUCGACUCCCUUCACCGUGGACGGCAUCUCCAAGUUUGGCGACGGCUCUCGAGAACUUUUCAUCAAGUCCAGCUGCUACAGCACCAUCCCCAUCACGGUGAGCCACCCCGGACCUACAGUGGGCUGGACCUUCACCUCUGAGCCCAAGAGCAUCUCCUUCAGUGUGAUCUACAGAGAGAGCAGCGACACUCCCCUGGAGCAGGCCAAGGUGCUGAUCCCACUCACGCGCUGUGACUCCCACAAGGAGACCAUCCAGGGGGAGUUGAAGGUGCGAAACCCUGGAGAGUACACGCUCGUCUUUGACAACUCCUUCUCCAGGUUCAUCUCAAAGAAGGUCCAGUACCACCUGACGGUGGACUGUCCGGUGGUCUACGAUGGAACCGAUCAGUGAGGAGGCCAGAACUGACUGAAGGUGAUGGGAAGAUAGAAAUGAGGCAGUAGGAGAUGCUAGGCAGAGGCGGGUGUCAGGUGAGAGACACUCCUACUGGCUGUGUUGUACUGCCACUCUCCGAGGUA